AUGCUUAGACCAAAACAAUGGUUCGGGUGGUCAUCGAAGCCCAAGAACCCACACUCGUUGGAACAGUUAAAAUACCUGUAUAACGUGAUGGCGAAGAACCAGACGGUCAGCGAACAGAACAAGACAUUACUGGUGGAGACGUUGCGAUCGGUGGCAGAGAUACUGAUUUGGGGCGAUCAGAAUGACAGCACUGUCUUCGAUUUUUUUCUGGAGAAGAAUAUGUUGUCAUUCUUUCUGAAGAUAAUGAAACAGAAGUGCGGUUCCUAUGUAUGCGUACAACUUCUUCAGACACUCAAUAUAUUGUUUGAGAACAUCCGUAACGAGACAUCUCUUUACUAUUUGUUGUCCAACAAUCACGUGAAUUCAAUAAUUGUCCAUAAGUUUGAUUUCUCGGAUGAAGAGGUGAUGGCAUACUAUAUAUCGUUUCUGAAGACAUUGUCACUGAAGUUGAAUCCGCACACAAUACACUUCUUCUUCAACGAACACACCAAUGACUUCCCUCUCUAUACGGAAGCCAUCAAAUUCUUCAAUCACUCCGAAAAGAUGGUCAGAAUAGCGGUCCGCACUCUCACACUCAACGUCUUCAGAGUGGAGGAGAAAUCGAUGUUGAAGUUCAUUAGGGACUGUACGGCAGCGCCGUAUUUCUCAAACCUGGUCUGGUUUAUAGGCAAUCAUGUCAUUGAUAUCGACAACUGUUUAGUCAAAAGUAAAUUAGAUGGCUUUCAAGUGCUGAUCCGUUUGGACGACUUAGUGGCCGAACAUUUAGAUCAUUUGCAUUACUUGAAUGACAUCCUUCUGCUGAACAUCAAUGACUUAAAUAAUGUGUUAAGUGAUCAUCUGCUCAAUCGCCUACUGAUACCGCUCUACAUAUUCUCACUGAUCACCGGCUCGAAGGCCAACAGCCCGUCCGCACAGACCCGACCGCACAUCACUCAAAACGUGUCACUCUUUCUCUUCACACAAGUCUUUCUCAUCGUUUCCAAUAAGUGUCUGCUUUUGAAAUUAGUCGACAUAUUGUUGAAUAGUAACAAAACAAUCUUCGAUUGGCCGGAGUUCGCGGCGCCCAUCGAGACACUCGAGGAGUCGCUCAUACAUGCCGUCAAAGCCCAGAAUAGCGACGAAAACGACUCAGAAAACAAUGAAUACUCGAUGAAUAGUGUCGUCGACAGCGAUACUACGGUCACCGCAGCCAUCAGUGAUCAGAGGAGUCCGACGCACAUCACAGUACAAGUCCAUGAAGAGCAACAACCGGUGGUUCAUAAUAGUAAUAGGGAUACGAAUAAUACAAACCAUAAUCGGAGUGAUAGCGACGGCGGCGCCGGAUCUGAUAUCGACUGCGAGAUGAGUCCCACCCGACAGAUGACUGACACGUCACUGACGGACGAAGAGAAGGCCAGCCUUUCUAUCAGUCGGUCGAUCGCCAAACAGAAUCUGACCGAAAAUAAGCCAUUUCUGGAGGCAAUACUUAAUUCGUUGGACUUUGACAGUCAACCCGACGAUCGGAUGACAAUAUUCUCGUUGUGUCUUCUCUACGCUAUUAUCCAUAACUCAGGCAUUGCUGAAGACAAGUUCAAAGAAGUGGUUCUGCACGAUAUGUCCUCCAAAGCAAACACUAGUCAAACAACUAAACAAUCGGAAACACUUCACGAAGAGUUGAUUCAUUUGUUGAUUGAAAUUAUGCGCAAAUGCUGUCAAUACACAUCGCUUCCGCCGGUGAUGUUAUUUGUCUGUCUUCAGCUGAUUGUGGACACGAGCUAUGGAUGA